AUGAUUGCAACACCGUUCAGCUGUGCUGCGCAAGAUUCACCGUUCAUGCGAACAUGCAGUGCAUCAACAAUCACAACUUCUUCAUCAGCAACAAGUACACCAAUUUCUGCACCACCACCUGCAAACGUGGCACGUGUUGGACCAAUUUCGAAUCAGCAUAUUGAUACGCAUGGAAUCUCAGUGAAUCGCGUUUUCCCUACAACUCAGCCAGUUGUUCCUGCUGCUGCUGGUGCUAUUAUACAAGAACAGAUCCCAGCCCCAAUUCAGCCAGCCAUGCCUGUGACAAGCAAUGUUGCUGAUACGCCGAUACUUGCGAUUGCUGAGGAAAUCGCCCCUCGUCCUGCUCCUGCUUCAAGAAUCCUGCCCGCAUGCCCUACAAUUCCAACAAGAAAUUCUCCAGAACAAAGCUCACAUGCGACGAUCACUGAAGAGCAGCAAUGGCUGGAAAACAGUGCUCCUGCGCCAGAAAACGAAGCAAGAAAUGAACCUGUACGCAUAUCACCAGCUGCAACAAGUUCUUCGAAUUUGCGCGAACAAAAUAGACCGGAACGAGAUGCAGGAAAGGAUCGCAGAGAGCCGAAUGUGCCAGCACCGACACCAGUGGAACAUCAAUCAACGGAUUCUACGACGCGUGAAGAUUCAGUUGCUGAAAGAUUACCGCAAAAUCGCAAGAAUUCCAAGAACGUUCGCGAUCGUUACCGCAUCAUCCGUCAACAAUAUCCGGAGGUUGUGAAACGACUGGAUCGUUUAAAAUUGGAAACACGCAGGCUGGAUUGGCAUUCGCUGCCACGAGGAGCAACGAUUGAUUUGGGAGAGGGAUAUCAUCAUCCUGUGGUGCAUAGCAAAGCGCCGAAGUACCCGCUGCCUGGGGUCAUCGAUGCUAGUGGACCAGCCGGUUUGAAGGAGUCGAUGUUAGAUCGAUCACUUUCCAAAUUGAACCAUUCAUUUACUGUACCGGAACGAAUGAGUUCUGAAGAUGGCUCAACGAGAGGUGAUAUUCAUUACGGCGAGGAUUUUAUCAAUUCACUUCGCAGGCAUCAGCAUUUGAGUGAUGUUUUCGCGCAAAGCAGUCCAGAGAAAGAUUUCUCGGAGAACGAUGAUGAAACCAGUGGAAGCGAUAGUGAAAUUGCACGAAUUCAUUACGAGCAGGAGAUGACGCGACGAGCAGCAGCAACAGCAACAGCAUCGAUGCGUUACAAUGCUGUAUCAGCAACUGCACCGAAUGAAUACUACUACUUCGGUGUUAUACAACUGCCCCAGGAAAGAGUGCAACAAGUGAUGUGCCGUAUGCCACCACCUCAAGAGUACUUCAGCCUACCUCCAAUCGAGAAAGCGGCCUAUCUUUUUUACUGCACCCUCUAUCAGCAUCAUUAUCAGCCGGUGGAUUUAUUCCACAAGAAAUUCAAUCGUGAAUACUUCAGCUACAUGUGUGAAGGAGAUUCGGCCGAGCUUGCCCUCUGGAAGGAAUUUAAGCAUUGUGUAUUUUCUUUAGAACCAAUGAAAUUUCGUGUUGCGCAUUCGUUUCUGAGAUUUGGAGUCGGUGGAAGAGUGGUUGUGCUUAAUGCCCAGAAUUCGGAGAACAUCUUGGAAAUACGUGAUUUGAAGAGCCUGAUCGGAGAGGACAAAUUACUUCGUCUUUCAAAUGCUGUCGAUUCAUUUCGAGGUCCUCUGAUACCCGGUCGCACUCCAACACAUUCGGUACGCCUGUAUGUUCAGCGCCAAAUUGAACUUAUCCUCAGAUCAGAAGCUUAUCGUACAAAUUUGCCGAGUGAAGCAGCAAACGAUUGCCUUCUUAUUUGGCAACUGCUCGAAAUGCUUGUACAGCAACAAGGGCGAGUGACUGGGCCGGAUUUAUCGAGAUUGUUAAUGACUGGCUGUCACCUGGCCGAACAUAGAAGGCAUGUCAAAGAAAAGUUCAAUUCGUCUUCGCCAAUAAUUUUCAGCGAGCAUUCUGUGGACUCAAAAGCCUACGAUCGUUUCACACAAUUCCUUCUUGGCGGACAUCUGAAGGAAGCUCUUGAUAGCGCAGUGAGAGAUGGACUGUAUUCGGAUGCAAUGAUUUUGGCGCGUCGUUUAUGCAUUGGUGACCCGCAGGAACUUGAAAGAAUCGAAACAGCUUUCUUGUCACAUCGAUCGGAGCAAAAUCCCGUGAUGACGCUUCUCUCCGUUGCUAGCGGCCAACCGGCUCCAGUUCUUGUAAGUUCGAUUGUACUGGCCAAUCUAAACACACCAAUGGCGCUUGGAACAGUGCAUCAGCUGGGCUGUGUGCUUGCUCGCCGUGAGCAACAUGCAGCUGCUGAUUUCUGCUUUUUGGCUGUCAGUCUGUUAGCACCAGGCUAUGAUCCUUUUCAGCCAAUACCUAAAAAAGAGGAUGAAAGUUCGGAAGUACGAAAGCACAUCACUCUCAUACAUGCCACUUUGCGAACUAUACCAGAAAUGGAUUUGGAAUGCUUGAAAGAUUUCUCUGUGAUCGAUUUACAUGCAACGGAAAUUUUUGAAUUUGCAAUGAGAUUGGCAAACGAUGGAAUGCAUGUGAAUCUGACCAGAUCACUGGCUUAUCAGCUCUGUCGAUUGCAUUAUGCGGAAGUAAUUGCGGAACUUGGAGCUUUAGCUACAGAUGCAUUCCAGUAUAGCGUAGACGUUGCCAGGAGUAUUUGGAAUCGUUGUAACGAAGUGGAUGUCGAUGAACUCGAGAGACUGCUAAAAUUUAUGGCAUCGGCGAACGAAAAUGACCUGGCCUGGCUUCCGACGCUGCGAUCAAUACUCGAUGAACGAAGAAAGGUACCGGUACAGGAAUCGCUUCCUGUUAAGCGAGACACAGCUACGCCGUCAAGUCCGACUGAUGAAAAACCUGCUUUGAAGAAACAAUCUCCUGAGGCACAGACAACGGAAAGUCACGAAGAAUUUGACAAAAAGGAAGAAGUCACAAGGACAUCUAUAACCUUAACUUCGGAGCCAGUUGAAUGGCGCAUCGGACAUAAGGAAUCAAGCAGUUCUACUUCAGUUUCCGUCGAAGGAAAGGACCCCGAAAGUCAGAUUAUCAAUGAAUAUCGAAUGCAACCAGCGCAACUGAACAGCAGAACUGGAACAUAUAGCAGCACAGGUGUUGCUACGGCUCACACUUCUCAGUAUUCGACAGUCCCACCAACUCCAUCACAAAGCAUGCAGGAUGCUACGGAAAGCAGCAGUGCAACUCGUACAACAGCGAUAUCAUCAUCGUCGACAGCUGUGCCACAAUCGUCGGAGAGCAUUUCACUGGACAAUACCAGUUUACCAAAUAGCCACGAAAAUGAUUUACGAUCGAAAGCGGAUCGUCUGCUAGAGGAAAGAAAAAUGGAAGAAAGAAAUGCAUCGUUGGGAGCAGCAUCAGCAGCGGCACCAGGCAAUUAUCAUGAUGAAGAAGCAUUUCCAACGGAACACAGA